CAGACAACGACAGCGGCACCAGCUCAACGCAAUCAUGGCGCACACAUCAGCAUCGCAGAAUCUGCUAUGCCUUGUGCGAGGCGUCAAACGACUUAACGUCGCAGAUCCGCUGACACAAUGCCUCGCACCUCGAUUAACUCGUCCAUUCGCUGCUCAGGCCGAGCUGCCUGUCUCUGACAUUAUCAAAGAGAUCAACGCGGGACUUGACGCCUCCUCCUCCUCUACAACCUCGACACCGACGCAGUCUCCUUCAUCAUCAACACAUUCCUACACACUCGAAUCCCCAGUUCUAAAGACGCUCUACUCCUGGCCCGACCUCGAGCCUCAGAGGUUCGCCUGGUAUAAGCCCCAAUAUCUCGACGCACCAAUGCGACGAGACAUUCUGCACCGCGCCGUCAUAUUCGAAGCCGAUGCCACACGACAAGGCACGGCCAGCACGAAAUGGCGCUUCGACGUGCACGGUAGCAACCGAAAGCUCUACGCACAAAAGGGCACGGGCAGAGCUCGUGUCCGCGAUAAGAAAUCGCCCAUCAGAAGAGGCGGUGGUGUCGCGUUCGGUCCAAAACCCAGAGAUUUCUCCUCGGAACUCCAGCGCAAGGUCUACGGCCAAGCGUUCCGGAUCGCCUUGAGCUACCGACACCGGAAGGGCGAGUUGGUGGUUCUGGACAACGGAAUCCAGCUGCCGUCAGAAGAUAUCGGGGCGCGAUGGUUGAACAACGUCUUUGAAGCGAACAAUUGGGGCAACGAGCACGGAAGGAGUUUGUUGGUCACCAACACGCUCGAAUCAAGGGAGCCCAGGAUUUUCGAGGAAAUGGAUCAGAUUGGCGAGCAUGGAGUCCUCAAGGAUAUUCAGGACGUCGACGUGAAGGACCUCCUGGAGACCGGCCGUGUCGUGAUCGAGAAGGACGCCCUUUUCCGAUUGCUAACCAAGUACCUGGACCACAUGCCUCAGAAUCUUGAUCAAAGAGACCAGCCUGCAAUUUAUGUAUAGGGGGGCUGCAACAUCUGUACUAUGCUGUUACAAUAUAUUUGCUAGAUCGCUGGAUCAUAUAUCGUUGCGUUAUCAAGUGUUUGUUGCGCGCCGCGGAAAUCAAGGAAAGCCAUCAAUCCCAUCGGCGCUUGAGGUCUCUACCUUCACCCGGAUAGGUAUAAGGUACAACGGAGCGUCGAACGUGAACAAGGUCCCGG